CUAAGAAACUUCAUCACUAGAGAGCAUUUGCUUGAGGCUGAAAACAAUGGAAGAAGGAAUGUCAGGGUUUUACAUCAAAGCCGCCGGUGUCCGCGGCAAUCAUGGCGGUGGCAACGGUGGCGGUGGGGGUACAAAGUGCGGGCGGUGGAACCCGACCGCCGAGCAGGUUAAAGUUCUGACCGACCUGUUCAGGUCCGGGCUUCGGACUCCGAGCACUGACCAGAUUCAGAAGAUCUCCACUCAGCUGAGUUUUUAUGGCAAGAUCGAGAGCAAGAACGUCUUUUAUUGGUUUCAGAACCACAAAGCCAGGGAAAGGCAAAAGCGUCGGAAAGUGUCGGUUGACGAUCAAACAAAGGAGGCCAUCCGCAGCGAGGAGAAGAUUUCUUCAGCCAAACAUUUCAUUCCACAUCAUGUGGUGGAGUCGGAGAGGGUGAUGGAAACUCUCCAGCUUUUCCCUCUCAAGUCCUUCGACGAGUUGGCGGAACCGGAGAAGCUCAGGUUGCAUGCAACUGAGUGCCGAGACUUCGCACACGGUUUCGGGGUGACGAUGGAUCAUCCGACACUAGAUCUCAGAUUAAGCUUCCUCUAGAUACCAUGAACUAGAACCCCAAAAAGAAAGGAAAAAAAAAAAGCGAAAAAACCAAAGAUUGUAAUCUUUAGGGAGGUCUAGCUAGGGUUUAUCAUGAACCAAGGGAAGGAAAAAGAAGGUGGAUCCAGGAAAUGCAUGGUACCUAGCGCUCUUGUAAGGAAGACCAAUUAUGCGGUGAUGAUAUUUCUAGGGUUUAAUACAAACGAUGGUUUUUCGACAUUC